UACAGUUAGCUAGUUAGAGCUCUUUGUUUUUGUCUUCUAUCAAGUUAAAUCAAAAUGUCCCGGCUGUAUUACAGCCUAUUUGGUUUUCCAUAACUGCACGACAGUAGAUAACACAGAUAAUUUGUCAAAACUUUCUAGGACACAGAUUUACUUCUAUUUUUUGUUUAUUUCUCUGCUUUUAACCGAAGAGGAAGUGUCAUCUGGAAACUUCUGCAUCAGUACGUCUACUUUCGAAUGGGUGUCAAACAGGCAGAGAUGGUUAAGUCCAAGUUGUUUCGCUUCACUCUGAAUGAAGUGCGCUCUCGACACUGUUUUCUGGAGCGCCGGGGACUGUAUCAAACACCUGACAAGAAAGGACAGACGCUUAUCGUGAACCCCAAACUGAACAGCAUCCUCACUGUGGAUCAGGACACAUUUCUUGCUCAGGUUGCCAAGGCAUCAGCAGAAGAGUAUGAUGUUUUUCAGAGACUGAUGGCAAGAGAAUGGCAGGCAGAGGAGCAUCAGGAGAAUUUUGAAGCUGUUAGUGAUGAUGAUGAAGAAGAGAAAGAUGAAGAGAAUGAAGGCAAGAAGGCAUACAUGAGGAGAAAGAAGAAAUGAGAUUGAGGAUUGAGACCAUUUAAAACUGAAAAAGAAAUAUGUGUAAAUUAUAUAUCUGCUGGAUGAAUUAAAUGUUUAAUUUUAUGAGGUUUGUUAUUUCAGAUGGAGAGAACUGUUAUCUAAAACACACAUGGAAACAAAACGUUGGUUAUUAUUACCUGGCUGUUUCAUUUAUAUAAAAAAAAUAGACCAUGAUACACCUGCUGGUUUGAGGUUGGUUUCUGUGUUUAUUCAAGUAUCGUCACUGAAACGUCACAUACAGUGACGUUAGUGUAGAAUUGCAAAAUCAGUAAGGUUUAAAGUGAGAAAUAAAUCCUGUGUAUUGUGUUAACCAAAUUAAAACAUUUUUGACAUUCCUUUAUUGAUAUCCCUUCAUUUGUAAGUCAUAGCUACUACAUCGGUUUGACAGUCAUGAUGAUUUGUGGAGUGAAAUUAAAAAGGAAAUGUGAAAUACAUUUGAUCAAAUUUGUUUAAAAAAAAGAAAAAGUCACUCCUAAAAUUAGAUU